AUGGCGAGAGAAGGAUCUAUUCUACAAAGAGAAACAGGGGAUGAAUUUUUAAAAGAGGCUUUCAAGAUAGUAAUGGAGGAAGCUGUGCAGAAUGCUACAGAUAGGAAUCAUAAGGUCUGUGAAUGGAUGGAACCAGAAGAUUUAAAAAGAGUUCUCGAUUUAAAUCUACGGAGUGAAGGAGAACCUCAAGAUGUUUUGUUGGGUUACUGCAAAGACAUCAUCAGGCUAAGCGUUAAAACAGGACACCCACGAUUCUUCAAUCAGCUCUUCUCAGGGUUAGACCGUCAUGCUUUGACUGGCAGGAUCAUAAGUGAGGCUUUGAACACCAGUCAAUACACCUACGAGGUGGCUCCUGUCUUUGUCCUGAUGGAAGAUGAAGUACUUAGAACAAUGAGAAGCUUUGUAGGGUGGAACGCUGGAGAUGGGAUAUUUUGCCCAGGCGGUUCAAUUUCUAACAUGUAUGCCUUGAAUUUAGCUAGAUUUCAGCGCUUUCCACAGUGCAAAGAGAAGGGUUUGCAUGCUCUUCCCAGACUGGUGGUAUUUACCUCACAAGAGAGUCACUAUUCUAUCCAGAAGGGGGCAGCAUUUCUCGGCAUUGGAACAGAUAAUGUAAUCCUGGUGAAGACAAAUGACAGAGGGAAAAUGAUUCCAGAAGAUUUGGACCACAAAAUACAAAAAGUUAAAUCUGAGGGUUCUGUGCCUUUCUUGGUAAGCACAACUUGUGGGACAACUGUUUUUGGAGCAUUUGAUCCACUUGAAGGAAUAGCUGACGUGUGUGAGCGGCAUAGUCUAUGGCUUCAUGUUGAUGCUGCAUGGGGAGGCAGUGCCUUGUUCUCCAGUAGGCACAGACAUCUACUGAAGGGGAUAGAGAGGGCAGAUUCUGUGACAUGGAAUCCUCAUAAAUUAUUAGGUGUUGGUUUACAAUGUUCUGCUUUUCUCCUGCGGGAUACAACUCAAUUAUUAGAGCGCUGUCAUGCAGCUAAUGCCACCUACCUGUUCCAAACAGACAAAUUUUACAACCUGCAAUAUGACACGGGUGAUAAAUCAAUCCAAUGUGGUCGCCGAGUGGAUUGUCUGAAACUCUGGCUAAUGUGGAAAGCGCUUGGGUCCAAGGGGCUGGAGAGAAGAGUGGACAGAGUUCUGGAUCAUACAAGAUAUCUGGUUGAGGAGAUGAAGAGAAGAGAAGGUUUCCGCUUGAUUAUGGAGCCAGAGUUUGUGAACUUAUGUUUUUGGUAUGUUCCAUCAAGUCUUAGAAACAAAGAGAAUUCCCCAGAUUUCUGGACCAGACUUGGAAAGGUGGCUCCGGUAAUAAAAGAAAGGAUGAUGAAGAAAGGCUCAAUGAUGGUAGGAUACCAGCCUCAUGGGAACAUAGUUAACUUCUUCAGGCAGAUUGUUGUGAAUCCAGAAGUGACCAAAGAAGAUCUAGACUUCUUCUUAGAUGAAAUUGAAAGGCUGGCAGAAGACCUAUGA